CCAAACCCAAAGUGUCUAAAUUGGUAAUUGGAAACACAAAAUAUGUCCUUGAAGGUAAACUUUUCAUAAAUCUAACCUCCCCCCCGUCUCUCUCUCUCUCUCUCAAUCCGAGCAAACGAUCCGUGUUGUUAAGGUCUCUUCAUCUGAUCUCUUUAUUUCUAUUUCCGUACUUUUGUUAAAUCAAAGGAUGACCACUGAGACCGGAGAAAUCAGCAUCGUAUGCAACCACUGUGACAGAGACAUUCCAGCACCAAACAUCGAUCUGCAUCGUGUACAUUGUGCCAGGAAUCUAGAAAAAUGUAAGAUUUGUGGUGAUAUGGUUCCCAAAAAACAUGCCGAGGAACAUUUCGCCAACACACAUGCUCCGGUACCAUGCUCCAUGUGCAAAGAGACCAUAGCUCGUGAGGCUUUUGAUAAUCACAAAGGAGAACUUUGCCCCAAGAGGAUUGUAACGUGUGAGUUCUGCGAGUUUCCAUUGCCUGCUGUUGAUCUUGCUGAGCAUCAGGUAUUCUUUUUUCACAGAUCUCUCCCCUCUUUUCUCUUCGGUGAAUGGCUUUAUCUGUUUCACGAAAAACAGGAAGUAUGUGGCAACCGCACGGAGCUCUGUUAUCAAUGCAACAGCUACGUUAGGUUGCGAGAAACAUAUAGCCAUCAAACCAAGUGCCCUGGUUCUGUGCUCAACAAUGUUGAAUCCUCCAGAAGGAUCCCAAGAGCAGCAGAAGGAGAUGGAAACGGGAGGAGGAGGAGAGAUGGGAACGGUGUUUCUAACAAAAGGCUUUUCUUCACUAUAGCUAUAACUGGAAUAGCUGUCUUGAUAGGAUCACUGUUCUUCCAGAGGAAGCCUGAGGGGAGCUAAGGCAUAGACAUAGCUCGUGUGUAGUUCUGUAAAUUUUCUUAAACUCCCUUCAGACAGGUUUGAAGGAAGGGUUUUUAUACAUUUUAAUGCUUACCGAGACAAGAGAUGUUCCUCCCAAAAGAUUGUUUUAAGCUGAUCACCAUGAGAACGUUCGUUUAUAUUUGGUUGCAAUAAAAGGAGUUUCCGGUUUA